CAUCAUUUACGAUUGUCAUUACACUUAAUCGACUCUGUCUUGACCUCAAAAGGCUCUUAUUGUGUGGCGUAUUUCCCUUUUCGCAAGUGUAAAAUUGCGACCGCCGAUCAAGCUGUAAUUCAUGAUGGUAUACCAAGCUGCCUCUUCGUUGGCAGGCCGAACGUUGCGACCAUAUGCGGCACGUUUUGCACUUCCCGUUACGCUUUGCUUUGAGAGGAGUGCCGUGCGAGAGCUCGCUACGAUGUCCGGAUCGGACCCGCUCGAAGUAUUGCGCAAGGAAAGUCACGGGCGCAGUCUCUGCGACAAACAAGGAUGUCGGUUGCCCGGCGUACACUGGGUCAUGUCCAUUGCUCUCCCGGCCAACGCUGCAUCAACUACCAAGGCACCGUCGUUACGAACCAUUGGAAUCGAACGGAUAUCCGACGCAGGAAUCGACUUUGUGAUGAAACGUACUAGCCCGACAGCUCGAUCCAUCGAAGCAGGUCUACCAGUGUCAAUUCUCUAUUCCCAAGGGAAGUAUUUGCCUGGAGAAUCUACCGAACAAUGGCGAGGAGAAGGACAUUGCGAGCUGCUCCCUCUACCGGAAAUUUUGGACUUGGUGCCGAGUUUCACCAUGGUGAGCAUGGUAGGAUCCCAGCGGGCCGUCAAUACAGCGCAAAAUGAUGUUCUCCGACAAACAGAAACGUCAGGGGAACGCAUGGCUGUUCCCAACAAAUCGCACUUGACCGAGAUUAUGCAAACUACUCGUAUGGAAUUGGAAAACGGUGAUAUCAAUAUGGAAGAGCUGGAAAGCUGCAUUCGAGCGUUCCGCUUUCAGCCCACCCGUAUGGAGUGCAUGCUGGGAGGACCAGAUAGCAUCAUGUGGGAUCGAUGGGAAUGGCUACGUGCUGUACCGGACGAGGCGUCGGAUGGGUCGAUUCCUUGGAGGUCUCCGAACCACUUGGUUCCUCACUGAAAUAUAGGUUAUUCACAGAGUUGCGAAAAAGCCAGGUUGACGUUUUAUAGUUAAUAAAGGCUGUUUUGAGAAAUUUGGGAUACGAAGCGGGAUUU